CGACCCGUUGGUUGUGGAGCAGGGUUGUGGAAUGAAGAGAAAACUGCGAGAUUUUCCGUACGAGGUUCCUGUCACUCGCCACGAUUAGCUGCGGCUGUUCUGGUUAGGGUCGACUGCGCUGUAACUGUAACUUCCCUAACGCCGGAUUCGCAGGCACUUCGCUGCCGUGCACGUUAGGAUCGUGACCGCUAAGGCCGCGGGGUGUCCACCAAUCGGAACUCGCGAAAGAGUGGCGCGGCGAUGAGCGUAUUUGGUGGAGCAGGAUCGUCAUCGUGCUGAGGCUGAACGUUCAGAAUUAAAGCUUGAAUGCCAGCGUAAGACGUGAACAACUUGUCGCCUGCAUCGACAAGAAACGCAGGCAAGACUCGAAUGCUUGGGGUUGGCCCGAGGUCAAUCAGGCCCGUUGUAUCUUCAUAUCGGGAGACGAAGUCAUUCGCCCUUCGUAGAAAUUUCUCGCAUACAGGUGGAUUUUAGACAGUGAUUGAAGAUAGGUUUAGGAAUUGUGGGGGCCGGCAGCGCGGAUAUGGCCAACGAGAACUGAAAGGAGAUCCCGACCGGAUGAAUGUCAGUUGGAAGACAUACUUUUUCUGUUUCCACCCUGCCCAAGUGGUUUGUGUGAUUUGCUGGAGAAUAUGGAGGAAGCAAAUUCCGUGCACCUUGGGAUGCUUAUUCAGAUUACCUUCCGAUCGAACCGAACCUGAUGACAGUUGAGAAGGACAGUGGUGGUCUCGCGAGCAGCUUUGCGACAUUUGCCCCAUGAUUUGUCUCCAAGGACUUCUGUCCGAGCAGCCACUAUGCUGUAAACCCACAACGAUCGGGAUUGCAGACAAUACUACAAAAUAUAUAAAUGAAGGGAUCCUGAAGAGAGUAUAAACAGAACGAAUUAUUCGUAAAGUACGAUUGCAGAUGCAGAGGGACCAUGGAACGUCAAGCGGGGGGAGAAACCAUCCCCCAGAGAAACCUGACCGAUACAGCACUGAAGGCAGAGAUCGUGGUGCCUUCUCGGCUGGUGCAAGAGUUGAGCGCUUUAUUGAAAAGAACGCAUAUGGUGCUUCUGAAACCGCGUCAGGAAUCUCAAGUCGAACUAGUGCGCUUACGACCAACAGCCCUGCACCUGUCCUUCCGUCCAGCAAGACAGUGGCCUUCAGCAAACCCACUUCUACCGUUAUUCCAGUUGAGCUGUCUCAGUCCGGAGGUUGGGGUCCUUCAAACUCCAGCGUUGCUGUCAGAACGAGCAGUGAGCGACCAGCUACAACAAAUAGUGCCAUCCCCACACCAGCAGGGAAUCCUCACUUACCUGCCAGAUUUGGCCCGAGACUGAGGGCAGAGGGACUGAUGGUUCCCCCUGCAUCUGAUGCCGCUACAUUGAGACGACAAGUCGCUGCACUGCAGAUAGAUUUAGAAGCUCAUAUUGAUGGCGAACAACGUCUGCAGAGUAUCAAUCAGCAGCUCCGAGAAAGAUUGGAGCUCUAUAUGAAACAAAAUCAUGAAAACGUGGAGAGAGCAGAAUCUGAACUCAAUAUUUUGCACGAGGACAUGGAGCAGACUCUUGAAUUACAACGUCGCCUGGCUCAGAGGGCCACUGCACUUGAGAAAGAGAAGAAGGACCUGGAGCAGCUGCUUCAAGAACGUGUCCAGGAGUUUGAGGAAGAGCGCGCUGCUCUGCAGAUUCAAAUUUCCACCAUGUCUGAUGAUCUGAGAGGGCACUCUGAUACACAUUCUAGAGUUUCAGCCCUGCAGGCUGAGCUAGACUCAACUCUCGAAGUGAAGCAAAAGUUAGAAGAACAGCUAAAGAAGUAUUCUGAGGAGACGGAGCAGCUGAAAAAGAAGACGGAGGAAUACAGCGCCGAGCUUGGUCACCUCCUUUCCAAGGAGCAACGGGACAGGGAGAUAGACAAGCUUGGACAAAAGGCACAACUUCGCAGGCAGUUUGGGCGAUUUCAGGAAGGAAUACAGGAGCUGUCUAUUGAGAACGGUCAGCAAGAAAUAGCUGAAAAUUUCUAUGCUGAAAAGUGUGCCCUGCGUGGUCUACGGGCCCUACGACUGGCUGCGAAGAGAUCAAAACAAAUGAGACUAGCAUCUCUUCGUCAAGCCCAGGAAUGUGUGUUGCUAUGUUGGAAAGCUUGGCGAAUGGCACACAUUGUUCAAAAGAAACACAAGGAUGCUUUGAAGCGACGAGCCGAGGGUCGUGUAAUCCAUGCUUGGCAUUCCUGGAAGACUUAUGUCAUUCGAGCUAAAAUUAAUCCUCAGCUGAACCAACUGGCUUUUCAGCAUUGGAGGCUAGUUUGCUUGAAGAGAAUGCUGAAGCAGUGGAGGGAGGCCUCUAAGAGUACGGCGUUAAGCACAGAAGAUGAACGCCGUCUCUCUUUACUCGCAAAACGCCAUUUGAACCUUGUUAUUUACAAGCGAUCUCUUGGGCAAUGGCUCCAGUUUUUGAAGUGUUGGGCUAGGCCAAAGAGGAAAAAGCUCGCCACUGUUCAAGCUCAUAUAAACAACAUGACUAUGAAAGGAGCUAUGGCAGCUUGGCGAGGUUAUGUCCGUGGGAAAUGGGUGAAGAGGAUGAAGUUUGAACAAGCAUGCAUACAAGAUGAGCACUGGUGUAGGAGAAGAACUCUCCAGAGGUUGAGAGAAGCUUUGAAAGAGAUCAAGUAUCGAAGGAGGAGAGCCGAGAUGGGAAAUCACUUCCGGAUAGUUCGAUUGAAGCAACUGAGUAUGAAGUCUUGGCAUCUCUUCGUGCAACACCGACGACAUGGGCUGAUAGCCAAGCAAAUGGCAUUUAGGCAUUAUCUACAUGAUCUUCGAGCGAAGGCUGUACACGUUUGGAGGGACAAUGUAGCCUAUUUGAAGGCAAAAAUGAGGGCAACAAUGGAAGUUAACGAGGCUCUCAUGAGGGCGGCGAUGGUGUUUUGGAAGGAUUUUCAUGCUCAUCACGCAAUAAAAAAGAAAAAAAUGAGGAGAGCGCUUAUUAACAAAGCAAGGAGAGAAAUCAAGAUGGCCAAGAUUGCCCUUCACGCAUGGUGGGAGUAUAUGGCCUGGAAGAGGCGCGCUGUGCAGCUCGAUACUUUAAUAGCAAUCCGCAGGCGAAGAACCCUGAUGCUUUCAUGCUUGCACAACUGGAUGCAUGCAACUUUCGAUGGCCUGUUAAUUGCGAAUGCGAAGUUCCAGGACGAGCUUAUGGAGGCCCAAACACAAUUCGAGGAACAGAAGCAUCAAGUGACUGCGGUGGAUGUCGAGAACCUCCAACUAAUUGACCGUUUACAUACCAUGUCAUCGGAGAUUGCGUUUCUCAAAACAACUAUAAACGAGAAGGAGAAGCAAGAAGAAGAACUUCAUCGCGCUUUGGAAGAUAGUGCCGUUCUUGAAAGCUCUAUGCGAGGAGAGAUAGAACAGCAGCAUAUUCGUGCGGAUGACCUUGAACAAGAGAUUAAUGCUCUUCAGAAAAAGCUUCAGCUGAAGAACGCUGAGGACACAGCAGGUGAGGUGCAUCAUACUUUGGAGAUACAAAAUCUAGGUCAGGCGUUGAAGGAGCUUCGAAUACAAAUAGCAGAGAAAAAUUCCCAGCUCGAAUCGUAUGAAAAGGCCCUCAAAGAAACAGCAGAAAAACUUGAAGGAGCUUCAGAUGAAUCACAAGAGAAGCUGACGAGUGCAUUUGAGAUCGCUGCAUCACUUCGCAAACUGCUAGAAGAGCGGGAGAAUCAGUUUGCAACUCUUGAAGGCAAUUGUCGUAGACGUGAGUUGGAGCUUGGUGAAGUGCAACGCAAAUUGGCUGUUGCCAACUGUACUCUUUGUGAGACUGUCGAGGCUCGCGAUUCUCGUAUUCAAGAACUGGAGAGUUUGCUCACACGAAAACAUUCCGAGUUACAAGAGUCCCAACAACAGCUGCAAGAACUUGAGCUAAUUCUGGACUGCAAAGACAGUCGAGUUCGAAAGCUGGAGUAUGAGAAUAAGUUAUUGGCUGAGCAAACCUCAUUGAAGACAAAAGGUUAUGUCACAAGCUUGAGUACCUGGAAUGCUCCAGGUGGACCAUUGGACACGAAUGCACCCGUGCGGGUAGGAUUGCACAACAUCAAUGUGAAAGAGGCGUUGAGGGGUGGCCAUGGUCAAGCUAAGGACUCUAUGGGCACCCCUCCCGAGAAAAGUGCAUCAGGCCAUGCAAUACCUUCAGUGACAUCACCUGAGAGGUCUUCCUGUGUUUAUUAUACAAGGCCGGAUGGACGUGAUGGAAGAGAAAGACAAAGCCACCAAUCCUCCGAUUCGUUAGGACAUACACAAGACGAUAGAGAAGCACAAGAUCCCCUCAACUCUUUGGAAAGGCACUUGGAGGAUUCAUCCAGAUCAGACCCUUUGAACCCAUCGACUGGCACUCAAGGUUCGACUGAUAUGACAGAUGACGAGGAAGGAGGCACAAAUGAUCCUGGUCAACAUGAGCCCUUUCAGACAGAUUGGGAAACUUCAUUUGCUUUGGUUUCCACUGCAAGACCCCCGGCGCAUACCGUUCUGGAACCUUCAGGUUCUGCAUCUGACUUACUACAGGACCGAACAGGUUCAGGUGAUAUGUCCGGCAGAGUUCGAACGUCAGCUGAAGGACCUUUUCGCAUGGUCCUAGAUGAAGAUCCGGGUGCUGUCGACAGCCUCCAUGUAGAAAUUCAGCGGCUGCAGGCACGCAUCAUGAGCCGCUUGAAAGACUCUCCAUCACAAGAGGAAGGAUCUGCGAGAGGCACGAGACAACAUGGUAGCAGUAGCUCCAGGCAUCGAAGGGAUUCAAGAGACACCGAUGGAAGAAGGGCAUCCUCUUGAAAUUAGAUUCUUUACUCGCUUUGCCUACAUUGAUCAUUUUCACUGCACAGAACUAAUCGUGCAGAAGAUUGGUGAACACAAACGAACUUCAAAGUUGGUCUCGUGUAUCAACAAGAAUCGAGUUUAAAAUAGCUGUGUUUAACCACUUUUCAAAAUCUCCGGUUACUUCGCAUGUCAAUCGGGUUCUGUGCUGUUCCUUCAAAUUCUGCGCUUCUCUGCUUCUACUGAAGAAUCCAUAUGAGUGUGAACACUCAUUUAGCUGCUGCUACGUUCCGGCAGUCGAGAUUCGCGCAACUGAGACGCAUCAUCUUGCACACGAUUAUUUAAAGAGCAACAAGGAAUAGCAGCGAGUCAAGGAGUGGAGUCAGCGAGCCAGGAGUCACUAUGGUGGUUUAUGACAUGAACCAGUUUUCCAGACGUACGGGAGCUGCAAACAGGUUCAAAGUCUGUCCUGUCCAUCAGCAAAGCACGGGCCACAAGACAAAUCAGAUGACUAUGCUCUGCAGCUCAAGUUUUUCAUUCGGUUGGAAGAUUACGGGUUGGCUUACCCUGUACUACAAAUCUCUGUUCACUUCAUCGAAGAAUGAGAUCUAACACAGAUGCCGAUAUUCUCUGGUCAAGUCUCAACAAAAAAUGCCCAUUUUAAUGAGCAUUUUGUUAUAUUUAAUCAGACCAGACCAGAUCAAAUAAAGUUUUGGAGAUAUUUGGGAGCUUCUACACAUGAAAGAUUUACAAUGAUGUUUCGACCCUGCGCAAACGUAAGAUAUGCACACGGAUGUUUACUUUAGAAGAGUCAGUGAUGCCACAGGGAUCUUCCCAUCAUGCUCUUUGUAUCCAUUGUCGUCAGCUACGAAAGGCUCUUUAAAACAGAAGAUUUGCUGCGUUUGGGUGAAAGGUUUGGAAAUUUAAUCAGAUAAGUAGAACCGUAGUUGUUAAAGCAGUUCCAUAGUACAUAUGCCAGAGGGAAUAGAGGUGCUUUUAACCCUAAACUACGCAGAAGACUGGAUUCAAAAGUGAAUUGAAGGAGUUUUCGGACAUAGAUUCUUCUGCCGAGACCAAUCCAGAAGUUUACCUUGAUUUCCUGGCUCGUAAGCAACAAAUUCAGCGGAUGGAAACUGCUAAAGGCCCACGAUGUCUCCAUCUCACAUGUGAUUGCGAUCACAUCAGGGCUGGUAUGCCAGAUCUCACUACCUACCUUCGCGGCGUUCUACACUCUGAGAUAGCUUUGGACCAAAAAGAUCUCAAGUUCGUUGCCUUGUAUUGGAGACCUGAAAAUUACAGUGGCUGGACCCGUACACCUCGCGCAGCGAUGAUAUGCCUCUCAUUUCUUUGGACCUCCUCACUAAAAGUCUGGAAAACUUAUAUUCAUUUCUUUGACUUUGGUGUGACAGGAGCUCUAGUAUAGUGCACGCAAAACUGCAACACAAAUAUACGCUGCGACAAUCCUGCUUCAUCAGAGCUUAAAUCUCAGGACCCUAGUAUUCAAACUCGAUCCAAUACAGCCGAGGGGCUUUACAUGCCGCUAAUCGGUUGACCCUCCGACUGCAGGAAGAACUGAAAGUCUUGGUGCGCUGGUGAUGAGAGGCAAAAAAACGUACAACAUUUUGAAUUAUUUCUUCACAACUCCCGACUUGAAAGCUGAUUUUGAUCUGUCUUUUCACUUUGAGAUAUGCAGCAUAGCUUUCCAGUUUAUUUUUUGUUGUAGGCCGACUGAAGCUGAACACAAUUACUCUAUAGUUUGUCAAUACUCUGUAGCCAUUGUCCUUGUGAGCAUGUCCGU